AUGAUCUCCAGCUCAGCUGCAGACAAGGCAACAUGGCGAAUGAUCCUCCUCUCCAUAUGGGUUUCCUUCGCGGUCUUCAUCGCCUCCUUUGACCAAAGCUAUGCGGGAGUCGUGCUGAUCAUGCCCUCCUUCCGUUCUGCUUUUGGCCAUUGUCCUUCGCCAGACGAGUGUACUCUCUCGACCCUGCAGCAGUCGAUGAUUAGCAUUACCCUUCUCUUCCAGGGGCUGGGAAGCGCCACGACAGGCUUGCUGGGAUACUGGGUCGGUCGCAAGACGACUAUCCAAUUCGCAUGUGUCCUGUGCUCGAUCGGGGCGGCAGGAAUGCUCGGCACAUCGGGUAGCUUCCUCCACUACAUGGUGUGCAAGUGUAUCAGUGGGGUGGGGAUUGGACAGCUCCUUGCUUCGAGUAUGGUCUAUGGGUCUGAAUGUGUGGUCGCCAGCAAGCGGGGCCUGUUACUCGGCGUUUUCAAUAUUGGACUCGCCCUGGGGACUGUGUUAGCCGCCGCGGUCUGUGCCGGGUCCGCCACUCUGAAACCAGAUGAUGACUGGCAGUGGAAGACGCCGAUCGCAUGCCAGAUCCCACUUGCGGUGAUUCUUGGGCUGGGAACGAUGAUGUUCCCGGAAUCGCCGAGGUGGCUGCUGUUGCGGAAGGAGAGGGAGCGGGCGCGCGACUCGUUCGCGGCUUUCAAAUCGUUGGAUCCGCAGUCAUUGGAAGUGACGGCGCAAUUGGAUGAUGUGCAGCGACACCUUGACCUGGAAGCCAGUCUGAGUGCGACGACAUCUUGGGUGGAGAUCUAUCGAGGUCUUGAUCUUCGUCGAACGGCCAUCUCGGCCAUGACCUUGGUGGGACUGUCGAUUACGGGCGUGCAGUUCAUCUCGCAGUACGCCGCUUUAUUCCUUAGCGGAGUCGGUAUCGACAAUCCAUACUUGAUCAAUGCCAUUGUCGGCCUGUGCAUCUUCGCCGGAGCACUGAUCGGUCCCCAUGCCCUCGAGUAUGGUGGAAGACGCUUCUCCCUGUUGCUCGGGUAUACGCUCAUGGCAGCCUGUAUGCUCAUCUUGGCAUCGGUGAGCACGGGGCUCGGCCCCAGCGAUCCCACCGCAAAGAACGUGGUCGUUGUGUUCCUUUGUCUCUGGGCGUUUGCAUUUGGUGGAUUCGUGGGGUCCGGCGCCUGGUUGUCUUCGGCGGAAAUGCACAGUGUGCGGCUUCGGACAUACGGUCAAGCCAAUACGACCUCUCUGUAUGAGAUUGGAAGCUUUGGCGCCGCGUUCUGGACGCCGUAUAUGCUCAAUCCGGAAUAUGGUAACAUGGGGGCCAAUGUUGGCUACUUUUACUUCGGCGUCACGAUUGCUGUUUUGGCCUUGACUUACCUAUUCGUGCCUGAGACGGCUCGUUUGACCCUUGAGCAGAUUGAUGAUCUAUUCAUACGGGGUGAGAGGGCUUGGAAGACAUCUCUCAAGCAAAAUGCGGCGAUUGCAGCUGCUCCAGGGCUGGAUCCAGGCAUGGUUGAGCGGCAGCAGUGA